UGAUGUCUGCAGCUUGGGCAGUGCCUGUCAUUCUGUGAAGAAAAGAGCAAGCUAACAUGGAAUUUGUUCUUCCCAGUGAUACUGUUUGGAGGUUCAGCUCUCUUUUUGCUGCCUGUACUGCUGUCACCCAGGAUUAAAAGUUGUAGAUAAACCAAGGCUGCAGGGAGGCAUCAGCAACUUGGAUGAGGAUUGCAAAGAUGCAUCAGAACAGCGUGGGCAAUGACUUCUGGGAAGAUCAUGAAAAAAUAAAGUAUGGCUAAUGGAUCUGAGCUCCUCUCCCUUCCCUUUUUGGCAGUCAUUCAUGGUAGCACAAAGUCUCCCUGGUGUAUUUGAGUCUCCUCCCUGGCGAGCCGUUCAGCUUGGUGCCAUCCACAAGUGCAGAGUGCUUUGAAAAGAGCCCGCUGAAGGCAUGCUAACAAGACCCUGAGUCCCAGACGGAGCAAACUUUCCUAGCUUGUCACCGUACACUGGCCUCAAAUCCUCUUUGGAGCAGCUGCCACAGGGACUGAACUUUGCUGUGUCCUGCUGUGCUGCCCGGGACCUUCUCCGAGUUAGCAAAGGCUGAUGGAAACGUGCAUCUAGGUGGUACUGCGUGAGGGUGAGGCACUCACCCGGCUCCCUGACGGCCUCUCCCUGCCUUGGUCCCUGCCAGCAGCGCUGCAUCACCACGUGCCAGAUGUGCAGGCAGCUGCAGAGAGCUUCCCUCCCUGAGCGCGGGUGCUGCUUUUCAAGAAAAAAGUAAAAUGGUGGACCUGGAAACCAGCUGGAGAAUGCAAAGUCUCCUUUCCCUCAAGGUUGCUGACCAGGGGUCAUCUUCCACCACAGUCAAGGAAAGUAGAAGAGCUCCACGCUAAGUUCUGCAAGGUUUGUUUCACUAUGGAAGAUCAAAUGAUUUUCUGGCUCAGGUUUUGUGAAGUUCGGCAUCUGCCUUGGACCUGCAAUUUGGAAAAGGGAUCAUCUCUGAGGCACGGUUAAAAGACAGAAAAACCAGUCCCAGACGAUGAGCACUUUAAGUAGCACUGGAAUAUUACUCAGCUUAACGACAGUGUCUGUCACACUGGAUUUUAGUUUGCAUGGUGGUCUGAUGGCUUGGUCCUUAAGCACCAAUUUGACUCUGAAUCAGAGUUUGCCUACAUCUGAUCCUCUUAAUGCCUCUGAGAAGGGUGAAGUCUCUCGGAUGUCUGUGAGGGAGAAGAACUGGCCAGCUCUCCUGAUCUUGGUUGUCAUCCUGCUGACCAUUGGGGGGAACAUAUUGGUAAUUAUGGCUGUGUCCUUGGAGAAGAAGUUGCAGAAUGCCACAAACUUCUUCCUGAUGUCCUUAGCAGUGGCAGACAUGCUGGUGGGUAUCCUGGUCAUGCCCGUGUCACUCAUUACAGUCCUCUACGAUUAUGCUUGGCCUUUGCCUAAACAGUUGUGCCCUAUGUGGAUUUCCCUAGAUGUGCUCUUUUCAACUGCAUCUAUUAUGCAUCUCUGUGCCAUCUCUCUUGAUCGGUAUGUAGCAAUACGCAAUCCCAUUGAGCACAGCCGCUUCAAUUCCCGCACCAAGGCUAUUAUGAAAAUUGCUGCAGUUUGGACCAUAUCCAUAGGGAUAUCUACGCCCAUUCCGGUCAUUGGUUUGCAGGACGACUCCAGGGUGUUCGUAAAUGGGACCUGUGUCCUCAAUGAUGAGAACUUUGUCCUCAUUGGAUCCUUUAUGGCGUUCUUCAUCCCUCUUAUCAUCAUGGUGAUCACGUAUUGCCUGACAGUCCAGGUGCUGCAGAGACAGGCCACAGUGUUCAUGUGCGGAGAGGUGCCCAAGCAGAGGAGGAGCAGCGUAAACUGCCUCAAGAAGGAAAACAACACAGAGAAUGUUUCCAUGCUUCACAAUCAUGAGGGGGCCUCUCACUUGAACUCUCCGGUAAAUAAGGAGGCAGUGCUUUUUCGGAAAGGAACUAUGCAGUCCAUCAACAACGAGCGAAGAGCCUCCAAGGUCCUGGGCAUCGUAUUCUUUUUGUUCCUCAUCAUGUGGUGCCCAUUUUUCAUCACCAACGUCAUGUCUGUCCUUUGCAAGGAAGCCUGCGAUAAAGACCUCUUGAGUGAACUGCUUGAUGUGUUUGUUUGGGUGGGGUAUGUCUGCUCUGGGAUUAACCCCCUCGUAUACACACUCUUCAAUAAAACGUACCGCAGGGCUUUUUCCAAUUACAUCCGUUGCCAAUACAAGACGAGUAAAAAAUCAGCGCUGCGGCAGAAUCAAUGUCUGAAUGUUGCUUCAACAGCUUUAUAUGGGAAAGAUCUGACUUUAACUAGUUAUCGAAAUGGCAAUGAAUUCAAUAGCAUGGAACUAGAUGAAGUUGAGGAGGGCCUUGAAAUGCAACCGGGGACUUCAGAGCUCUCCAUAAACAGCUGUAAUGUUGUAAGCGAAAGAGUGAGCUGUGUGUAAGGGUGGCUCACACAGCAUUUUGCUACAGUGUAUCUGUAGCCAAAAUAUAUUGUGUAAAAAUGUAAGUGUUGGUCAAAGGACAGUGUAAAUACUGCAUUCUGAACAAAGCUUUUUCUUUUUUUUAAAGAAAAAAAAGAGUUGUCUUUCCAGUCCAGUACUUAAAAUCAUAUAUAUUAAUAUACUGCAGUGAAGUUUAAGGUUCUAUAUUUACUGUUAAUACUAGAUCAGAACUAUUAGUUACUUUGCAUAUGUCAUGGACAAAAUGUUUGAAUUCUUCUUCCAGUGCAUGAACAAAAAUGCUGAAUAUUUAUCUCAGGUGGCAUUUGCUAGAGUCCAGAAUGGCACGUUAAUAGUUAUAUAUCAAAUACAUGCUAUUAGACUUGGUCAGUAUAACUUUCUUUUUCAAGUUGACAGUAAAUAUAUACUUUAAAUCCUCACCCCUAUUUGUGCCAUGGAACGACUGUACAGAAACCUGGCAGACAGACACCAUGAAAGCAUAGAGGCUGUGCAGGCACCUGGCCAGACACAUCCUGUUGUGGGUAGUGGCUUCCUGCCAUACUGGGGCAAUCUUGCACUUCAAGGGACCUCUGUUAAAUUUUGGCUCCCUCUCCAACCCUGCAGUUUUCUUUCCAUUCCCCAGGAGGCUCCGGUUUCCCUAAGGAAGGUGGGGAAUGCAGUUCUGGUGUGGUUUUGCAAUCCUGGCAGGGAUCACUUGCACACUUGGAGAAGAAGCACAAAAACCAGAGCAAACCCCAGUUAUCUGCUUCAAUCAUUUCAUAAAUGGAGUGCCUCAGAUUUAAAAAAAAGCCCUCCUUUGGUCUUACAGAUGAUCACCAGCUCUGGGAUGGAGUAAACUCUGCUCAGUGUGGAUGGCACUGCCUUCACAGAUUGCUUGGAUGAUCAGGGUUGACCUGGAGAAGAGCGCUCUGGUUUUGUAAGAGCUCUUGUCUUCUCAGUCCUCACAUCUAUUUAUUCCUUAGCUUGUGUAGCAUUUGCUUUUAUUUUUUCAACAUCCUGGGACUUGCAGUGCCGGUGACAAAAUGCUGCUUUGGGUGUAGAUCAGAAGCUGCUGUGUGUGUGGUGCUGGUUGGGGUCAGGCUGUGAGGUGCAGGUUAUGCUUCCCCGGGGGAUGCUCAGGAGAGAGGCAUAAACGAGGGUCCCUGCUUGUUUUUUCUGUCUCAGGAGGGGGUGGGCAGAGCUGGACAGAGUAUGUGACUGGACUAAUUUGCUGGUGACGUGACCAGGGACAGGAAGGAAGCCAACCUGGAGGUAGUCUACAUGGAUGAUUAAUCCGGAUUAAGUUUUAAAUUUGAUUUAUUCCAUUCCACUCCCAAAGUAAAUUAUAGUAUAUCAUAUUAACACCACUUACAUCUUAAUGAAAGCAUCCACAUUGGGAUUUAAAGCAGUUUUUAAGUAAUCUGCUUUUAAUUCACACCAUGUAUAAUUUGAAUUCAUUUUCCUCUGUGUUCCUGUGUAGACAAACCCUCCAAGGCAUUGUGUCUUUCUGGCACUGUGCCUCUGGGGUGAUGCCUCUCCUGCAAUUUUCCUUGUGUAGAGUAUUGUCUAAUGCCAGAUAUCACCCAUAAGCUUUUUACAUCUUCAUUAACUAACACACAAAUGCUGCAGCGCCCAUCUAACAUGGAUGUGUUUAGCAUCACUGGCAGCCUCUGGCUACAAAAAUCCUCAGAACAGAAAAGCUUACACCAGGCAUGGAUAAAUUGCAUUUUACUAACAUAAACUGCUUGUACUGUAAGCUUGUCAUGUUCAUCCUAUCAAAAUUAACUUGUAGAAGAAAUAGAAAAUUCUGCUAGUGCUUUAGCGUAACAUUGUGCUGCUGCAUUGCUGCGUACAGCAACAACCUCGCUGAGGCCACUACCGAAACACAACAUCUGGGUUACAUCUGCUGCUGGGUUGCUCCCAGCUUGAUGCAUUGAAGUCGAUGUCCUCUCUUCUCCUUCAUUCCCUCCUGGGAAAAAUCCGUAGUACUUCCAGACAGGCAGGCAGGCAGGGUAUCUCAGUGUGGGGUGUAGCUUACUGCUUGCAGAAGGCAGCGGAGACGCACUGUGUACCAGCCUGCUGACAGUGCCACAGGUGUGAAAGCUUGGGAAUACCUUUCCAAAAAGUCUGGUAACCAGUAGGAAAAGGACUGGCCAGAGACACAAACUUGUGCCUUCAGUGACUGCCCUUUGCUCUGAGUCAGAUUUGACCAUUUCAAACAGUACAGAAAAGUCAGAAGGAUCACGUUGGUUUUUAAGUUCUUUUUUUUCCUUGGGUGAAUUCAUAGCACAUCUUUUCCAAACAUGUAUGUGUGUGUGUAUAUAUAUAUGUAUGAGUGUGUAUAUAUAUAUAUAUACAUAUAUAUAUAUAUAUAUUUAAAAGCCAACCACAGACUUUGAAAGCAUUUAGCAAUAAGUUGAAUUACAGUAGCUUCUAGCACAUGUGUGAAUAGGUCAUGUGUGAAUAGUUCAUUUUCCACAGCAUCCUCAAGCUUGGUGCAAGUCCACACACAGGCAUUGUCUUUGCAUAGGAGCCUUCAUGUCUUAUCCUUGCCGGUUCUGUUGUAUGGGCAAAAAGGGAACCUACUAUAUUUGGAUGUAAAUAAUGGGAAUUGAACAGAGAAUUUACAGAAUUUUUAUAAAUGUUUUUAAAAAACUCAGCACCAGAACUGUAAAUAUGUCAAGCGUUGCGACUCAGCUGGACCCGUACAGAUGUAUGUCACUUGUUUAGAUAAACAGACAAGGGGACUGCCUUACAGCGCCUGAGUUCUCUCCUGGCCAGUGGGUGAUUACGUUUUUGUGAAUGGUUAAAUACUGUCACUUACCCAACUUCCUUUGGGUCAUUCACAUCAGGGUUUUGUG